AAGGGAAAGAUAAAAAAAAAUAAAGCCCGAGGAAGUACCAAUUCUUCCGAUCUACAUCUUUCUCUACCGCCCGGCGCCCGCUGUAUUGCUCUCUCCGUUUUGCUCCUCUCCUUGGAUGCAGCCUGCACCACGCCGUUCGUCUGAUAUCCUGACCAACCGAGGGAGGAGUCAGGAGUCAGUGUGGCGUGUGGUGAUACGUUGCAGCUGUUUGUGGUGUUAAUAGAUGCGAAAGUUUUGAAAAUGAGACCCGAAAGUCGAAGCCAAAGCAGGAGCAUGAGCCGGAGUCGGAGUCGAAGCAGAAGCCCAGUGGAUCACAAGGACCGUAGCCAGCGGAUUUCCUACCAUGAUGCACCAUAUAGAAGGGAUGCACGUCGGAGUUUCAGCCAGAGCGGUCUGUGCAAAAAUUGUAGAAGGCCUGGUCAUUAUGCAAGAGAGUGUCCUAAUGCGGGAGUAUGCCACAAUUGUUCCCUUCCUGGGCAUAUUGCAUCAGAAUGCAACACAAAAUCUCUAUGUUGGAACUGUCGGGAACCGGGGCACAUGGCUGGGAACUGCCCAAAUGAAGGAGUUUGCCACACUUGCGGGAAAACGGGACACCGUGCAAAAGACUGCACUUCCCAAUCCCUGCCACCAGGUGAUCUGAGACUCUGCCACAAUUGCUUUAAGCAAGGCCACUUUGCAGCCGACUGCACAAACGAGAAGGCUUGCAAGAACUGUCGGGAGACUGGACACCUGGCAGUUGACUGCCCGAACGACCCCGUCUGUAAUUCGUGUAACGUGUCCGGGCAUGUCGCCCGAGAUUGCACGAAACCUGGUAUUACCGAGGAGCGGGGCCUGCGGCCUCGUGCUAUUUCUGCUGCUGCUGGGUAUAGGGAUGCUGGGGUUCGGGAUAUGGUGUGUAGGAUCUGCUCACAGUAUGGACAUAUGAGCCAGGAUUGCAUGAGGAUGGUGCUCUGUCAGAACUGUGGCGGGAGGGGGCAUAUGGCAUAUGAAUGUCCAUCUGCAAGGUUCAUAGACCGCUUCCCCCGCAGGGACCAAAGCCCCGCCGGUCUCCUCCUGUCUACACCCCUGGACCCAACGUUCUACUUCCAAACAAUUACGACAAUUCAUGUGAUUGGAACAUAAAUGAUGUUUACAUAUUGUUGUUCUAAAAGUUUGGUGGAGAUGGUUUAAAUAAAGAGGAGCAUUAAGGUGUAAAAUAAGAGUUACUCUUAGUUGUCCAAAUUGUCAAUCUAAUUAAUACAUAAUAACCUUUAUCUAAUUCAUUUUUCUAAUAGACAUGUGAUAUUUUCUUGAAUAAAAGAAAAAAAUGAAUCAGAUAAGGUUCAUAAUGCGUCAGAUUGACUUCUUGGACGACCGAAAAUUAAUUUUUAUUUUACACUUUAAAACCUUUUUUAAUUUGAUCCACUCCAAAAAGUCAUCUACGGUGUUUUGGAUUUGUGUUAAUUGUCCGUGUUGGCGCUGCGUUAUAAUUGUACAUUUGACCAUUAGUACUUAUUAAUUUGCAUUGUGACAUUAUCUCAUUUUAAGGUUUUACAAUUUAAUUUGAUCAUUGUAUUA